AUGUCGACUAAAAAAGACGAUACCUAUGGCAUACCUGCAGAAGAUGCUCCAUCGAAUGUGGAAGAAGGAACAAUCACCGAAUUUGGUCCACCUGCUCAGUCAGAACAUGGCUAUGUGGCUCGCGGUUUGAAGAACAGGCACUAUCAAUUUAUGGCGUUUGGAGGGGCUGUUGGAACAGGACUGUUUCUGGGUAUUGGGAGCGCAUUAAGAACUGGUGGUCCUCUGUCUGUCUUUAUUAGUUAUUCCCUCACUGGCUUGGCAAUUUUCGCCAUGAUGCAAUGUUUAGGAGAAAUGGCCACUUGGCUGCCCGUUCCGGGAGCAAUCCCCACGUUCUGCAGUCGAUUUGUAGAUGACGCAAUGGGAUUCGCCGUCGGCUGGAAUACUUGGUAUGCUGGCUCGAUAGUCAUCUGCGUUGAAGCAUCCGCAGCCGCGAUUGUGAUUGAGUAUUGGACCUCUUCCGUCAAUUCUGCCGUCUGGAUCACCAUUGUUAUAGUCCUUGUCGUCUUACUGAACGUAUUCGCCGUCUCAGUAUUUGGCGAAGCUGAAUUUUUUUUCGGCGUGCUCAAACUGGUGACCAUGAUCGGAUUGCUUAUUUUGACAUUGGUCAUCGACCUAGGUGGUGCUCCAUCCCAUGACCGACUUGGGUUUCGCUACUGGAAUCAUCCAGGAGCAGUCAGAGAAUAUAUUGGGACAGGUAACACCGGCCGAUUUGCUGGCUUCUUUUCCACCCUGAUCACUGCUGCUUUUGCUUUUGGAGGCUCAGAGGGCGUCAUAGCCGCUGCUGGUGAGGCCCAGGAUCCACGGAAAAAUAUACCAAAGGCCGUCCGAGGCGUUUUCGUUCGAAUCAUGCUCUUUUACUGCUUGGGAUCGCUUGCCGUCGGUCUUUUCGUGCCGUAUGAUAACCCAAACCUCUUGAGCGGCGGCCCAGGAGCAGCCGCCUCUCCGUGGGUUAUCGGCAUUGUCAAUUCUGGCAUCAGGGUGCUUCCUUCAAUCAUAAAUACCGUCAUUCUGCUUUCCGCCGUCUCCGUGGCAAACAGUCAGGUCUUUAUUGCCUCCCGAUAUUUGUUCUCUUUGGCACAAAAUGGGCAAGCCCCACGCAUUUUCUUGAAGUGCUCUAAAACAGGCAUUCCGUAUUACUCCGUUGCGUUGACCUCAUCCGUCUCCCUUUUGACAUACAUGACACUAUCGAGCGGGGCCAACAAAGUCUUUCUAUGGCUUAUGAAUAUUACAACAAUCGCCAGUCUGCUUACUUGGAUAUCGAUUGCGAUUUCCUAUCUUCGAUUCCGCGCGGCAAUUGUUGCGCAAGGUGUUGGUAUGCAGAACCUUCCGUUCAAGAGCGCCUUACAACCAUUUUGUGCAUAUUUUGUCAUCAUAUAUUUUGGCAUCAUUAUGCUAGGCAACGGCUUUGUCGUCUUCACCAAGGGGAAUUGGUCCACGUCCAGCUUCAUUGCAUCAUAUAUAGGGUUGCCUAUCUAUGGCGCAUGCUUUGUCUUCUGGAAGGUCUUUAAGCGGACCAAGUUCGUCAAAGCUCAUGAAGCACAGCUUUAACUCAAGCAAAGGUAGUUAUGGCGAG